AUGGUUUCAAAUCAGCACUAUUCGAUGGGGGUUAUGCGUUCCGUGUUGUCUCUACUGUUCUGUGUCCAGUUCGGUCUGUCUUUCUCUGUGGCUGGACAUGAGAACACCUGUGAUGCGAACGGCAGCGUCUACUAUGUGGGAGAAUGGUACUUUCUAGAAUCGGACCACUGCACGCAGUGUGAAUGCACCACAGAGGGGUCAUCUUGUGCACGGACGGAGUGUACCUCUUUGCCGGCCGCUUGCAUCCAUGUCAGCCACUAUCCCACUGACUGCUGUCCAAGAUGUGAGAAAAUAGGCUGCGAGUACCGGGGAGUGGUGUACGAACUGGGACAAAACUUCCAGGUAGGCUACAGCAAGCAUAAGCCCCUACUUGGCACGAGAUGAUCAAGUGAAACUUUACCUGGAAUGAAUAAACAUAAUAUUUAUUUGAUGUCAUUUACUUCUCAAAUGUCUAUUGAGUUGACUAAUAUUGAAUUUCUUCUUACUAUAAUAAGCGUUGUGCUACGUCCUGAAAUCGGCUCUCCAAAGUCUCUCUGUGCGCAAUUACGCAUCAGCAACUUUGGAGAUACUUUUUUCAAAAGUAACGUAUUUGAUUCAAUGUUAACAUGUCUCUUAAUAUAUCACUGCAUAAGCGUCUUAUGACCCAGAAAAACUUGAAAAGCAGUACAUUUCAUUUUCUUUCUUUUCCGAAACAUCUCUGGGCGUCGGACUGUUUCUGGCACUGCAUGCUGAACAAUUUUCGAAUAUGGUUAAAUUGCGCCACCCUGUGGUUUGUUGUAGAACUACUAACUGCUAUGAAAGCUUGUUCUUUCAAGUUUGAUACAGUAGUAGCUGAAGCUUUUACUGACAGGGACUGUAACUGGUGAAGAUACUGCCACAUGGAGGCAGUAUGAUGCUGUGAAUGCUACACUUACAGCAAGUCUAUUCAAAUGUGACAGUGCAUAUGUAAAUUGAGAGAACAGAUAUAGACACAAAUCACCCACUUGAUAUUGAGGUUCUUCUGUAGGUACAUUGUAAAUAUUUUAAUAAUCUCCUUCAUAGUCCUCAACCAUAAAGCAUUUAUUACACAUAUAUAAUCACAUCUUAAACAUGGCAUUAUGGUUGUUAUAUGUCAGACUUCACUUUUUCAGAUAUAUCUUGAAAUGGGCUAUAGGCUAGCAUCUACACUAAUGCUUAUAGCUCAGGAAAACCAACAUGCUGACACAGUUAAACUUGUCACAGUUAAAUUGAAAGCACCUGCAUAAGUCAAUCUUAUCGUUGUAGAAUCAGUCGACUGCCCUGUCUCUAUGAAAGAGCACUUUCUUCUGUCCAACUGCUCAUGUCGAACAUUGAUAUCUGCCAGUGGCAGUCUAAAGAACACUUGCAUCCCAAAUGGCACCCCAUUCCCAUUUGGGCUCUGGUCAAAAGUAGUGCACUCUGAAGGGAAUAGGGUGCCAUUUGGGACGAGGCCUCUGUCUCUGACAGCCUGUGUUUUGUUCUGUUUGUUUGGCAGCCCAAUGAGUGCGAGCAGUGUACCUGUGACAGUGACGGCAUCGCCCGCUGCCUGGUGGCAGACUGCGCCCCCCCGCCCUGCGUCAACCCUAUCUACAACAAAGGGAAGUGCUGCCCAGAGUGCCCAGAGGGUAAGUAAACUGACCUGUAUACAUCUCAUGGUUAUUUAUGACAUAGAACCCCCCACCAUACUCAGCAGCACCAUCUUGUAAAACAAAUCCUGGGGAGAACCCUGAAAAGUAUUUUGUUCCAUUCUAUUCAAGCCAAAGGGAGAUGAGGGCUAGAGACAGGGAAUAUGAUGUUCAGACUCCUCACAUUGUCUAUUCUCUGUGAAAAGUUCUUCAUAAUUUACCCCUUAGAGUGAUGCAUGCUGUUAGUUUUGUCACAUUACUAUUGUCAGCACCACAAGCAACAAUAUAUGAAGGUGAUCAUUUAUGCAAACAAAUGGAAGUAGAGGUAGUGGGGGGCAGAAAUAGCAAUAUCAGCAUGAAAUAAUCCGCUUCACGCACCAUUACCAAUUACUGAUUCUCUCUCUCUCCUGUUCUGCGGAGACACUCAGUAGCUUUUAAAAGGAAGUUUAUCAAGUUGGAAAAUAGCCAAAUGAAGAUGCAUUCAUUGUUUGAGUUUAGGUGGUCUAUGACCGCGUAAUUAAGAGUAUAUCAUUUUUUCAAUCACAGUACUUCGGAGGUAAUCAAUAUUUAUUGUCUGAAGUUCACAUUUCUACUGAUCAUAAAAAUACCCUCUCCUCUUUAUGGUAGAGGUGACCGUUUAUCCCCAUGGAAAGAGAAGCGCAAAGGAAAAUAUCACAACCAAAUAGCAAGUUAACAGAAAUGAUUGUGUGUGUGUGUUUCCCCAGGGCCCAACUGCUAUGUGGAUUCAACCCGGAGCCAGGUAAUUCCAGGGGGUGAGCCAGUGUGGGUGGACUCCUGCACCAAGUGCCGCUGUCACGACUCAGGUGAUGCUGGCUACUGGGAGGGCAACCGCUUGGCCACCUGUUCCCGCGUACGCAACUGCACCCCAGAAGAGGCUAGCCAGAAGAACUGAUUAAGUAGGACCAGUCAUUUGCCCUGGUAUAGGGUGAAGUUGCCCCUAGACACAGAUUUUGGGUCAGUUUUGAAUUUCCCCCCACUAAUGGUUAAUGUUAGGAUUGGGGGAAGGGAAGCU